AUGAACUCAAACAAAUCAAGGUCUUGUAGUGGAAAGCGGCGCGCGGAAUCUCCUCCAUCAUCACAAACUGGUGAUACCAAAGGCACCACAAGAACCACAAGCACCACAGCCUAUAGUCGGAACUUCCAGCAGAACCUAAUCGAUCAUGGAGUCUAUCCACCGGAAUAUAGGUAUCCGGACCGUCGCAAACCAUCAAAACCGAGUAACUGGACGCAGAUCAACGAAAGACUAGCACAACCAAGAGCUUCACUUUCGCCCUCAAAGCUUUCUGAAGAUCGCUUUGAAGGCUUCCGAGAAGCAGACGCAUAUGCAUCUAAGGAGAAACCAGUUACAAAUUCGGUUGUACCCAUUCUUGAUGGCGAUGUUGGAGACCCUAAAUGUGUUGGAGGGGAUUACCUCUUUGGGAAUCUUGCUCCUUUGACUGAUGGCACGCUGGCUCAGGCCAAACCAGAUCACUUCUACGGCGCGCGUCCUGAACAGCUUGAUCGUCAAAUCCGCAACGAACUUAGUGACCAUAUCAUUCCAUCAACACAGGAUGACCUUCCAAUGCUGUACACAACUCAUCUCACCGAGCCCGAAGGCCCAGGCCAUCGCCCUGAGUAUAUUAUGACCCAACUCAAUACUUUGGGGCAUGACUGGGAACUUGGAAACGUUUCGGCAAGGGAGCAUGCGCAUAUCGAAAUGCUCGGGGACUGGGCAAAGGAAAAGAGGGGACGAAAUUUAUUAGGACAGCAAAUGGAAACGCACUCAAAGGCCUCAUCUCAACUUCUUUCAUCCGACAUCUCAAAGCCAAACGGGUUUCGGAGGGCAGUUUCCUACCGUGGACGAAUUCUGGAUGUAUCCGACGUGGUCUGA